AUGAUUCCGUGGCUUCAUUUCACUGGAGGUAGUGUCCUCUUCUUCGAGUCCUGGGAGCCAAACACACCCGGUGCUAUCGCCGGCACUUGCAUCGGACUCCUCGCCCUGGCUGUAUUCGAGAGAUGGGUGAAUGGGAUGCGCGGGAUCGUGGAGGCGAAGUGGAAGAAGCGGGCCUUGGCGUUGAUGUCAUCCAAGGCAAACGUUCGAGGCUCUGCCACCGACAGUGCAGCUGCUCCACCUUCCGCCACCAGGACGUACCCUCCCUUCAUCCCUUCUCAUGACAUCCCACGCGGCGCGCUGUUCGCCUUCCAAGCUUUGCUUUAUUACCUCCUGAUGCUUGCGGUGAUGACAUUCCAAGCCGGUUUCAUCAUCGCAAUUGUUGGGGGCCUGAUGAUCGGAGAGGUGCUCUUUGGGCGUUUCAAUGCUGUACGAGCUCACGUCUAG